CACACGAAGCUUCUUUUUGACAUUUCAAGCGCUGUCCACAGCAUUAAAAUAAAUUACUUUUUGUGAAAACAUAUAAAAAACAGUGCAAAAUGCGCCCUUUAAUGCUGCAAGGACAUGAGCGUUCUAUAACGCAAAUCAAGUUUAAUCGUGAGGGUGACUUGCUGUUUUCAUGCUCAAAGGAUCAAAAGCCUAAUGUGUGGUAUUCGCUGAACGGUGAACGUCUGGGUACGUACGAUGGCCACCAGGGCGCGGUUUGGUGUUUGGACGUUGAUUGGACAACAUCAAAACUUAUAUCGGGUGCCGGUGAUAUGACAACAAAGAUUUGGGAUGUUGAACACGGUACUGUGAUUGCUUCGAUCCCUGCCAAAUCUUCUGUGCGCACAUGUAAUUUUAGUUAUUCCGGCAAUCAAGCGGCAUACUCUACAGAUAAGGCUAUGGGUCAAAAUUGUGAAUUAUUCAUAAUCGAUGUGCGUACGGCAGAUUCCAGCAUUGCAGAACAGAAUCCAAUUUUGCGUAUACCAAUGUUACCUUCGAAAAUUACUUCUAUGCUCUGGGGGCCUCUAGAUGAAACCAUCAUUACUGGGCACGAUAAUGGACAAAUUUCCAUUUGGGACAUUCGCAAAGGAGGUCGUGAGAUUAAUUCUGUAAAUGAUCACACCGCUGGUAUAAACGAUAUGCAAAUGAACAAAGACGGCACAAUGUUUGUCACUGCUUCCAAGGACACAUCAGCAAAACUAUUCGAUUCCGAAUCUCUAAUGUGUCUCAAGACCUAUAAAACUGAAAGACCUGUGAAUUCAGCUUCAAUUAGUCCGAUUAUGGACCAUGUAGUAUUGGGUGGAGGCCAAGAUGCUAUGGAGGUGACAACAACAUCUACUAAAGCUGGUAAAUUUGAUUCACGUUUCUUCCACUUAAUUUAUGAGGAGGAGUUCGCUCGUCUUAAGGGUCAUUUCGGCCCCAUUAACAGUUUGGCCUUCCAUCCGGAUGGCAAAAGUUAUGCUUCAGGUGGUGAGGAUGGUUUUGUGCGUGUGCAAACGUUUGAUAGUACAUAUUUUGAAAAUAUCUUUGAGUAGAUACAUUCAUGUAUAUAUGUGCUUAUUGAAAUAGUUUACAUUUUAGUCACCUCUGAUAACCUUUUUGUAACUGUAUUUAUGUGAAAUCGAAACUGGUACGCAAAUAUAAUGUUUGCUAAUAAAACAAACCUCAAAAGAUAUGUAAGAACAAGAAGAAAAGCAAAAA